AUGGGAGACCUGAAGUUUGGGUUUGAGGAAAUGCAGGGAGUGAGGCUGGGAUACCUGCUGAUAAAAGGAAAACAAAUGUUCGCCCUCUCCCAGGUCUUCACCGACCUGCUGAAAAAUAUUCCCCGAACCACCGUGCACAAACGCAUGGAUCACCUGAACGUUAAAAAACACCACUGUGAUUUGGAGGAGUUAAGAAAGCUCAAAGCAAUCAAUUCUAUUGCUUUCCACGCCGCUAAAUGUACUCUGAUAUCACGGGAGGACGUAGAGGCGCUUUAUUUCUCCUGCAAAACGGAGCGCGUGUUAAAAUCCAACAAAAGAAAAGCAAAGAAAGACAGUUUACCGGAGGGUGUGGGCGAAGGCAAGCUCAACGCAGACACGCACCCUGCCGGGUUAUGGAGGGAGAAAGUUUGGUUAAGUUUGCACAGCGUUCCACAGACUAUGUCCCUCAAAAACAAAGCCGGCAGGAGAGAACAACCAACCUUGCGCCCCGACUCCAAUCUACCUCAAAUUUACAAUAAAUCCCUCGGUCGGGAUUACUCCUCUGUCACCAAAUCAGCAUGUAAACCCUUUAAAAACUAUGAAACUGGUCAAAUACCGGGCAAUUGCGUCGCGUUUAGCCAGGGACACUCGUUUUUCCGGAGCGUGGUCAGCGGGCAACCAGUGUUGUUUCAGUCCGCCAUUGCUGCUCAGUCCAGGCUCUCUGCAACCGGCGACCUACUUCACAAAAGGAAGAGGAGGCGCGGGGGGGGCGGCGGCAGGGAUAUAGGCAGCAGCGGCGCGAGGCAGUCAUGGAGCAGGAGCAGACACACACACUCACACACUUACUCUCACACACACCACCCGGUGCUCCUCGUGCAGCCCAAGUGCUGCAGAAAGCCCAAAACACACUACAACCACAACCGGACAACUCUGAGCCAUUUUGACAUUGGACACGAGUUUUACAUCGACCACCACGAUCACCACCAUCGUCACCCGCAUCAACAUGUGAGAGGGUUCCCGGAGAGCUACAGCAGUGACACGGAGUCCAGUUGCUACUCAGAGCGCCUCAACAACGACUCCGACAUCGGCUCCAGUUUAUCGACCAGCAGCAACUCUGGGACCUCUGAUGAGGAGGAUGAAGAGGAGAGCCCAUUGGAGAGCUCUGAGGUCAGUUCUGAUGAGGAGAGUUCAUCUCAGUCUGAUAGCAGCUCUGUGUCCAGCCAAGUGUCUGUCCAGUCUAUCCGCUUCAGGAGGGCCCGGUUCCCCUCUCUCAACACCACCAAAAAUAUCAUCACUAGAACUCUGCCUAAUGCUCAAUCUCUCUCCACAACUCUCUCCAGCACUAGAACUCUGCCUAAUGCCCAAUCUCUCUCCACAACUCUCUCCAGCACUAGAAAUCAGUCGAACUCUAGAACUCUAUCCAACAGUAGAACUAUCUCGCUCACUAACGCACCUUUGCUCCUGCAGCCUACCUUCCACUACAGCCACCAGCAGCAGCCAUCUAAACCGGUGGGCCAGUUUGGAACAAACCAGGUGGACUAUGACAUUCCGAAGAAACAACCGAAAUAUGACUUUACAGCCAGGGAGGCCAAGCAGGACACACACACACACAGGUUCAGCUCGCCUGUCACCCGUGGGAGUUAUUUCACUAAGAGGAGAGACAGGAAGGUUCCUGGGUCCCAGGUCCAGACCCAACGAGAGAUAAAGCGAACCGAGCCUGUGUCCAGAAAAUUGUACGCACUGAGCCCCUCACCUAACCCCAACGGAAUAAAAGCGGUUCUUCCACACAGGACAACGGGACACGCAAACAAAUGCCCCCCAGUUCUGAGCUCACACUCCGCGCCUGACAAAGACACAAAGUACCCCAAGCCUAAAAACAACAAGCUUUCAUUAGCUACAAAUCUAAAAAGUGAGGUGAGAAUCAGCCCCAACCUGAAACUGCCCUUUCUGCUCAAAACCAUUAAGACUGAGCCGGAGGAGCUAUCAGUGGCCGCGGGUCCCCUCCCCGAGCGCAGCAGGGCGGUCAAGACUCCCCCCUUCAACCUGCAGAAUGUGAAAAUCAAAGUGGAGGAGAGCUAUGAUGAAUAUGAAUACUAUAGCCAAGCCUCUGGUUUCCAAUGCCUAGGAGACGAGGCGGUUAUCAACAAUGGCCAAUACUACGGCGGCGACAUCAAACAAGCUGCUGGCUGUUUCAACAACGAGACCAAAGCCAUUGAAAGUUCUGCUGGGGCUCCCAAGUCCUCCUCCGGCUUGCAGGAAUGCGGGAGCACUCAAGACACCCCUUGUCCCGAGGAAGGGGAGUAUAAAAACGGAGCUGGGGUCAGGAAAAACUACAGGAGUCUGGUGCUGGGGAAGAAGCCUGGAAUUUCAAGGGUGCAGCAGAAACAGAACGUGUCUAAAGUUGACAGGACUUUGUCUUCUCGUCCCGUGGGCAAAGCUGAGAUUUGUGAGGGAAAUACUGAGGAUCUAACAGGGGCGACUAAACGAAAACGCGCGUCCAGUAAUGUAGCAGCCCCUCUGAAGAGGCCUUUCAGCUUCAUGGCGAAUUUCCCCGCUCCUCCGUCCCUGUUAGUGGGCAGCGACGGGGAUUUAAGCCCUGCUUACUCUCUGAACUCUCUGGGGGGACCCCGACCUCCCCCUCGCUCUCACCCCGUGUGGCGAUGGCAGCCUGGCGGUCUGCCUGUCCCUCCCCCACCCGCUCAGAGAAUCAGGAAAUGUUCACGCUUUUUUCUUUGACAAAAACAAGAGAAAGAAAAAACACCUGGAUGGAAACCUACGUUGACGACAACUUGCGUCUUAAACUGAAUGGGAGACUCUAAUGGCUUGCGUCCUUCCGUUGUUUUCAUUUAAAUUGUAUCCUUUAUAUGAUGUAGUGGAUUUAAAACGUUCCUCGUUGUGGAGUUAUAGAUCAGUUAUAUACACUACUAUUCUCCAUAUCGCGCGGACCAUAUUUGAGAUGCUCUACCCAUGCCACUGGACGAUCCCUCCUCGUGGAUUUAUUCUGACUAACUAACUCUAAACAAGCUAUCUACCAUAAGCAAUAGGCUACACGGUUUGGCAAAAUGGGUUUACAUGACUUUCUCUCGGAUCUAUUUUCUCUUCGCCUUGACGCUCGAGCGGUUGGAUUGUACCAGGGUUUCAGUGAAGUAAACAUUUUGUUGUGCUGUAGGCCUACUCCCUUUGUGGUGAGAGAAAGAGAGGGGGAGACUCCCUCUCAUAAAAAUCACAGCACUCCUAUAUGUUGGUCUUCUUUACUGUAUUUUUCUAACAUCAGCUUUAACUUGGGUAAAAUUGGGUUUAAUCAACAGAUUCAGGGUUUUCCUUUGGUAACAUGGUUAGGGCUACUACUAUUGUCUGUCACAUUAGUCCUAUUAUGAGCCGUGGUUGUUUUUUUCACUAUAGGAUUUGUAAAACCUUGUAGAAACCCUCAUUUCAAUUUUUAUUUUAUGCUUGCCAGAGUUUGGGUAAAUUUUAUCUAAAUGUUAUCUAAUUCAGAUAACUGUUUUUGAAUUCGAUUUCAAAUGUCAAUUAAUUUAUCCAAGCAAGUCCAAAAUCAUAAUGUUCUUUGGACAGGCUAUAUUGAAUUAGGAAGAAUUGUGAGGGAAAUUACCAUUACUCUGGUCUGGCUGGUGCUUGCAGAUUUUCCGUGUUUGUGAUAUGGUUUCCAGCGUUGUUUGUAUUUAUGAGAGUAUUUCCUGGUAAACUUAUGUUGGCUGUAGUCAGACAGCCGCCAGCACCCAUAAAGGCCCCAAAACACUGCAGGCCUUAUGUACAGACAAUCACACAGAGAGAGACUGCCCAGGCCUGACACAGAUCAAGCCUUUCAGUGAAAAAUCACACGUCCUGGACAGCCUUUUUUAGCAUUUUGGUGGGACAUGUUCCUUUACAUUACACAUUUAUUUGUCAAUUAAAACAUUCGCAAUGUCCUACACGAAAAAAGUAUGAGAAAAACAGUGAAAAUUACACUCCUGUCCAAGACGCUGUCCUAAUACCAGUUUGGGGUUUGCAUCACACUUAAACAAAAACCCAAACACACCAAAACGAUGUCUUACAACACACCGAGCCUAAUGUCAUUUCAUUUAGAAACAACACAUGAAAGCACAAGUGGUAGGCCUACAUGCUUUGCACUUUGACACACUCUAGGGUCCCAUUUCCGCUUGAUGAUUGUAGGAUAGCCUACAUUAUGAGAGAAGUUAAAAUAAAAUAAAUGUAAGAUACGGUAGGCUACUAGCUUAUGUCCAUUUAAAUAUUUCAUCUAAAAUAUAUAAUUGGUUAUUUGUGGCCAUUCACAUGAGGUUGAAUUAUUUUCUAUUUGGGUCAACAUGGUAUUAGAGCAGUUUAUCAGUUGUUUAUUGUAUCCUUACAUCUGCAAGAAUGAAUAAAAUGCCCAGCACAGCACGUUGCUGUGGAAUAGUUAGCUAUUAGCUCGGGGGGUAAAUGCAUAAUUACCUGUUAAAUUCUGCUGGGAAGCCCACGGUGCUGAAUUGACCUGGGAACAUCUCCAGUCAUACAAAAUUAUUAAAAUAGACUAUACAGUCAGUCGAAAAUGUAGGCCAAAACACAAAGCUGAUUGUGGCCCUUUGUUAUGAAAGCAUUGCACUCUGUUUUCCACAAAAGGCCAUGUCCUUCUCCAUGUCUCCACUUCUACUGAUAUAGUCUCUACGCUGUUUUCUCACAUGAAUCAAGUCAGAAAAAUAUUUUCUAAUGUUGCCACAUAAACAUGUAUAAAUCUAGCCUUUACAUAUGGACGCGUGAUGAAUGUAUAGGCCUAUAUGUCAAACUUUUUCCAUUGAUCCUUACGUUGCUAAUUAAUAAACGAAGAAUAGACCAAAAAAAUAAAAAAUACAAUUCAGUCAAAUUUAACUGAAGUUGCACCUAAAUAUCGAUAUUUUUCCACCAACGUAAAAUGUUGAUUUGGUGAAGUUGUGGCUAAGAAUGAGCUUUUCUCCCUGUGACAAAGAGAGUCCGAGCCAGCCUGGCACAUAACCACAAACAAUAUGCCUGAUAAUGUCAGGAUUCUCACAUCAACAUCAGCAGCAAAGACAGAAACAAAAGCCCAUUCGAUUGGUGAUUGUAGUUAAGGGAGAAAAAAAGCUCCGUUUCACACAAUGCUCAGAGUUUGUAUAGAUUGAUCUGUGUGUGACAUGCACCUCUACCACCCCAUGCCUGUAGGCUUCCCAUACCAUAGUGCGCACUUCCAUUGUAGCGAAGGUAGAGAAGCACUUAAAAAUGGCACAUUUGCCUCCAAACUAAACACAGCCAUUUUAAUCUCCAUUUGAAAAUGACGUAAUCUCUCUCCAACCUAGAGGGAGUUAUGGGGAGGGGAGGGAUGGAAUUCAUAUGUUGCACGAGGGAAGCUUCCACCGCGUAAUCCCCGCGUCAAAGUGUACUGGGCCAGAGGAGGGAUAUAUACAGCCCAGUUUAGAGAGGACACACACAUACACACACACACACUUCCCGUUGUAGGUACUCGCCAAUUCUCACGCCGAUCACAGAGAACAUCACCCGGGCAAGGAGAUGGUGGUAGAGGCGUUUAGGGAAGACUAAAAGAGCUCUGACAGUGACGCUGUCAAUGUAAAUAAUUGCAUGGUGUAGCAGCUCGAGGCACAGGGCUCUUUCUCGUUCUCCCUCUCGUUCUCCCUCUCGCUUUUCCUCUCAGCUCCAAACCUUAUUUUAGCUUUUUGAUACAAUACUUGAUUGAGGUCAGGGUUUUGACAUGACAUUUGAAGUCACUGGCUGUUUAUAUAAAAAACGGAAUAUUUAUUUUUGUGAAUUACUGGGUUUUGUAUAUCAUUGUUGUUUAGGAUAAUGCACUCGAAAUGAAAACCUUGAAUGUUGGAUUUCUGAAGCACUUUCCCUUUCUUCCGAGUUAUGAAUGACUCAUUAAAGACAUCUGAGUGUGAGUGA